AGGUGGUGGGACAGGAUUGGUCAGCAAUUUGACCGACAGGAUGGCUGACCUCAGGUCUGCACCACACUGCCCACUUUCUACUGCUGUAUAAAGCCCGCAGCACAUCGUCAUCCUCGACCAUCUGAGAACACAGCAUCAGUUCGCAUCCGCACAACGUUUAAAGGUAGAAGGACGGACAACGAUGACUGACCUGGAGAGCUCGAUGGCAACCAUUAUUACAGUCUUCCAGAAGUAUUCAGAGAGAGAAGGGGACAAGCACAAACUGAAGAAGAGCGAUUUGAAGGAUCUUCUUCAUGAUGAGCUGCCAGAUCUGAUGGCGCAUGUUAAAGACCAGUCCACGCUGGACAGCCUGAUGGAGAGCCUGGACACCGACGGCGACUCCGAGUGUAACUUCCAGGAGUUCAUGACAUUGAUCUCCGUGGUUACCGUCUGUUGCCAUGAGUUCUUCGAGCAUGAGGAAGAGUGAGGAGGGGAAGACAGAGGGACGCUACAGUGAAAUUUAAAUAGAAACCUAGCAAUGCACAAACUGUGGGCGCCCUGAGAACUAUCAGAAGGAGGAAAAACAUCUAGCCAGCUUCCAGUACCUGAAUGAUGAUGAUCAAUUUACAAAAGUAGCAACAAAUAAAAUGGAGUAGUUAACAUCAUAUAUCAA